AUGGCAGCAAUUCGAAAAAAAUUAGUUAUUGUUGGUGAUGGUGCAUGUGGUAAAACAUGCCUUUUAAUCGUAUUUAGCAAAGAUCAGUUUCCUGAGGUUUACGUACCUACGGUUUUUGAAAAUUAUGUGGCUGAUAUUGAAGUCGAUGGAAAGCAGGUAGAAUUGGCCUUGUGGGACACGGCAGGACAAGAAGAUUACGAUCGUCUUCGACCGCUGUCAUAUCCUGAUACUGAUGUUAUAUUAAUGUGCUUCUCAAUUGAUUCUCCGGAUUCUUUGGAAAACAUACCAGAAAAGUGGACACCCGAAGUAAAACAUUUUUGUCCAAAUGUUCCCAUCAUUCUUGUGGGCAAUAAGAAGGAUUUAAGAAAUGACCCGAACACAAUUAAGGAAUUAGGAAAAAUGAAGCAAGAACCAAUGAGGCCAGAAGAAGGUCGUGCUAUGGCCGAGAAAAUAAAUGCUUUUGCUUACUUAGAGUGCUCAUCUAAGAGCAAAGAAGGUGUAAGAGAAGUAUUUGAAACUGCUACUCGAGCUGCUCUUCAAGUAAAAAAGAAGAAAAAGGGAGGUUGUUUCAUUUUCUUUGGUUGUUUCUGUGCUCAAAGCACAAAUCCUUGCUGUUAUUUAAAAAUAUUCAUAUUAAAUGUGUUCGCUCAUGUUUUUUGGUGGCCUGUUGUUGGGAAUCCCUGUAUUUAA